AUGGCGAUUAAGUUAGUAGUUGGAGGGAGCACUAUGAAUGUCAUUAGCGCUUACGCGCCGCAAGCGGGUUUUGACGAGGGAGUUAAAAGGCGCUUUUGGGAGACGUUGGAUGAGAGGAAGAAGAGGUUUAUACAGGGUCAACCGAGGAUCAAGUCGGGAGUUUUGACUAAGGAUAAUAUGCAGGAGUUGGAGGGGCAGUUGACAGCUAUGGGAGCCUGGAAGAGUGGUAGGGAUGCUAGCGUUAUGUGGACGGCGAUGACAGACUAUAUAAGGGAGGCGGUGAGAGAGGUGUUAGGGGUCUCGAAGGGGUACUCUGGCGGGCACCGAGGCGACUGGUGGUGGAAUGACUUGGUCCAGGGUAAUGUGGAAGCAAAUAAAGUGGCAUACCUUAAGUUAAUGGAGAGCACCGACGAGGGGUAG